AUGGCCACGUUUAUUUACAUUCUGUUCUUUGCAACACUGGUGGCUUCAAAUACUCCAACUGCGAAGGAACGCAAAGACCUCCUUCACUACCACAACCAUAAACGAGCCAGUGUAAAGCCCUCCGCCACCAACAUGCUGGAAAUGGUAGGUCUCUCAUCCUCAAAGUGGUUCGAGGGUCAUACUUCUAGCAACCUUCAAUUUUGCUCCCUUUUUCCUUGGAAGGUGUACAGUCUAAAACUAGAACGCUUGGCGGAUAAGUGGGUAAAGAAGUGCAUAUACGAACAUCCAAAUUCUACGCAAUACCCGGAGUAUCGAGACUAUGGACAGAAUCUUGUGCUGUUUGGCGGCGUGAGUCGCAAUCUGGUCGAAAUGGCGGCCAAAUGGUGGGAAGAGGUUAAAGAUUUCUCCUACGAGAGAAAUAAAUGUGCUCCGAGGAAGGUCUGCCACCACUACAUACAACGGCAACUACAUGGGCAUAAAACCGUACAAAGAUGGAAGGAGUUGCAGAGACUGCCCAUUUGGAACUAA